AUGCUCGCCGAGGCCAGCGCGUCAGCGCAGCGACUCGAGGCCCGCGAGCGGUCCGACUCGGAUGAUGAGCACGAGCCGCGGCUCUCGUUCCUCGACACGCUUCUGGACUCGUCGUCAUCGCUAUCAUCACUCUCAUCGUCGUCGUCGUCGUCGUCGUCGUUGGCGGCACCGCCGCCGCUCGAGAUCGCUCGCUACCGGCGACGUCUGGACCGCCGGCAGCGCACGAGCGGACGGACUGCCACCGGCAGCCACAUGCCUGACGCCUUGGCGGCGUCGGCCGAUGAUGUGCUGCGUCGGUCUAUGGCACCCUGGUCCAACAUCCCGUCGUCGUCCUCGUCGUCCUCGUCGCCGUCGCCGCCGCCGUCGCCGACCCGCUCUGCCUUUGAUCUCUCCAUCAGCAUCUCGGACUCGUCAGACGACGACCAAGUUGACGCCGAUGCCGUGGUUGCCCACCAGCAGACUCGAGUCCAGGAGGCCUUUCUCCCGUUGCGACUGCAGCUCGAGCGGGUCUUUGGCCAGUUGCUCAACGCCGAGAGCGAGUUGUCGGCCGCGGCGACCGCGCCCGAGUCGAGGUCGUUCUACGACGAGCUUGUCCUUGUCCAGCAGCUUGUCACGCACCAUCGGCUCUACACUGAAAUGGUCCGCAUCGUCAACGGCCUCAACGCGCUCGGCGCUUCGAGCUCGAUCUCUAUCACUCUCCCGCCGCAGCUCGUCGCCAUGUUUGGCCGGAUGCCCGAGCCGAGCCCUGCUCCACCGCCGCAGCCCGUCGGCCUCACGCCCGACCAGUUGGCACUCCUCCCGCUCGCCACCUACCAGCCCGACCUUUCUCUCGGCACGCGAACAUGCUCGAUCUGCAUCGAUGACCUUGCCACCGGCGACACCGUCUGCAUCCUCCCUUGCGACCACGUGUUCCACAAGGACUGCGUCCACCCCUGGCUCUCCUCCAAGCCCUCGUGUCCCAACUGUCGCUUCGAGCUCGCUGUCGCCUAA